UGCAAGAAACACUUAACCGAUUGUUUGUCCUUUCAGAUUGAGGAGUUGUUCAAAAACAAGGGACAAGAGUUCAUGUGGAACGAGCAUCUUGGCUACGUCCUCACCUGCCCAUCCAACCUCGGCACAGGCCUGCGUGCAGGAGUGCACGUCAAACUGCCUAAUCUCAGCAAAUACCGCCAGUUUGAGGAGAUCCUCAAGAGACUGAGGCUGCAGAAACGUGGAACUGGUGGUGUAGACACUGCGGCUGUGGGUGGUGUUUUUGACAUCUCCAACGCUGACCGUCUGGGCUUCUCUGAGGUGGAGCUGGUGCAGAUGCUGGUGGAUGGUCUCAAACUGCUGAUAGAGAUGGAGAAACGGCUAGAGAAAGGCCAGGCCAUUGAGGACCUCAUGCCUGCCCAAAAGUAGACUCGCUUCCUACAUUCGUCCCCCCCCAAACCUUUGUUCAUUGAUUGACUGUUUGUUGACUUGUUCUUAGAAGACAUGAUUUAUUUAAGUGUCCUUUGUCUCUGCUCUGGCGAGUUCUUGUUACACAUACAGAUGUCACAGGGCAACAGAUGGAUGAGAAUGUCUGAGAAUAAAAUUUGGCCAUGUUGACCUG